AAAUAAAACGUCAUGUGCAUGUGUUGUUGUUGUUGUUGUUGCUGUUGUCGCCGUUUCAGAUGAUAUACCUAUAAUAAAUUGAUUUAUUGAUAUUAUUAUCGAGCAGACGAGUCGGUCGUCGUGUGUGCACACAAUCAACAAAUCUAUACGCUUGAAUAGAGGGCUCGAGGACGCGGGAGUGGGUGGCGCGGCUCUACUUAAACGAAAGAGUGUGCAAAUAAGUGCGAAAUCGUCAUUCAAUCGCCGACCGUUGCUCUCGUUUCGUGCAGUGCAGCGCGUGUGUUUCGUGUGCGCGGUGGGUGUCUAUUAUCAUUUAAUUCGAUCGAGCGAGCAGAUCAGCGGAUGGCGGCCGGAUGCUCGAAUCGUCCCACAAAUAGCUGAUAUUAGCUUAUUGUUCGCGUGUCUAUAGAUUAUGUUGUGUCGUGUUUUUUUCCCCCCUUUUUUUUUUUUUUUUGGAGCUACCGAAAAAAUAAAAAAACUGUUAGUCAAGACGCUGUGAAGAUUUUUCUCCACAGAAAUACAUAAAAUCUAAAUUGCACGUACGUAUCUCUCGUAUCUCUACGUACAGUUGACAAAUCAACGAGCUUGAGCCUUAAUUUUAACCUUAUACCACGAAAAGCCGACUUCGGGGACAUUGUGAUAAAACAGUGAUUGUCCUCUACUAUCAGCGCAACGUUAAAAGUGAAGACACAAGUGUUGUGUAGAGACAUAAGAUAAGAACGGUAGGAAUGAAGGUCAUAAUAUAACGCGCUAUAGGGGUAACAAAAAUCUGGUCAGAUAGAAGGGCUGUACCUCUAUUGUAAAAAAUCUUUGACACAGCGAAACCAAUGUUUUUGGGGCUCCGCUAAUGCUGGUACUGUAAUUAUGCCGCCAAGUCGACUGGACGCGGUUUACCGGAGCAUCCUUCUCACCAAGUUCUUCACCAAGGGCUGGGGCAGUCCCGAGAACCUGAGAAGGAUAUUCAAAUUUAGAAGAGUCAUAUCCAACAGAGACGCUUGUUACAAUCUCAUACCCAGGGAUUAUCCAAUAUUGAUAACAAAAGACGAAGAAUGGUCAGACUGUCACGUGCUGGAGGGCCAGUUCGAAACGCCACUGGAGAAAAAUCUACCUGGUUUAAUACCUGAAGAGACCAAGACAGCUUAUUUCCAGAUGAUUUUACCUAAAAACUGGAAGUCACAGAAACUCAAGCCAGUGUGCUUGAAUCUUGCUGGCACAGGAGAUCAUUAUUUUUGGCGAAGAAGGAAUCUGUUUGCAAAACCUCUAUUGAAGGAAACAGGGAUAGCAUCCGUUUUGAUAGAAAAUCCAUUUUAUGGUCUUAGAAAACCAAAAGAUCAAAUACGUUCUUGUUUACAUAAUGUUUCUGACAUUUUUAUCAUGGGUGGAUGUCUAAUUAUGGAAUCAAUCGUGAUACUCAAUUGGUGUGAACAGCAAGGUUUUGGGCCUCUUGGUCUUACUGGCCUGUCUAUGGGUGGACAUAUGGCAUCUUUAGCAGCCACCAAUUGGCCAAAACCUAUACCGUUAGUUCCGUGUCUUUCUUGGUCAACUGCGGCCCCGGUAUUCACUCAAGGAGUGAUGAGCGCGUCCAUUAAUUGGGCAUUACUGGAGUCGCAGUAUUUUGAAAAUGAAGUUUACCAAAACGAUUUGGCAAAAAUGGUCAAAAUUAUUGAUCAAGAUGAUGCAUUUCUUGCUGGACAGCACUUUGCAAAACAUUUUCCGGCUAGCAUGAAAAGGUUUAAUAAAAUAAAAGAUGAGUCGCGUGAUGAUGUAAAUAAUUUAAGCUUAAAGUAUGAAAAAGAUGUUCAGACUCCAUUGAAUGGUAAUAAUGGAAAUGGAACUGUUCAAAAGGCACAAUUUGCAGAAGAAAAGGCCGCAGCAACUUUAUUUCCUUUACAUCUUAUUUCAGAUAGGUUUAAAAAUUCUCAAGAAGAUGCAUUGAAGGUUUUUUCUUUUGGGGAUCUCUUAGGGAUCUGCCUAUUGCCUGUGUCGAAGCACCCACUAUUUUCAGAUAAAAAGUGGCGAGAACGCGAAGCCCUUCAGUUCAUGCGUGGUGUGAUGGAUGAGUGUACCCAUCUUCAAAACUUUGAGGUGCCAGUCGACACUGAACUCAUCAUUGCAGUAUGCGCCCGCGACGACGCCUACGUGCCCAGGGAUGACUGCGUGAGUCUAGACAAAAUUUGGCCUGGUGCUGAAAUACGCUUCGUUGAUGCGGGACAUGUCAGCGCCUACCUACUUUAUCAAAAGAUGUUCAGAUCAACGAUUGCUGAAGCUUUUGAAAGGUAUUUAAAAAAAUAUCCAAUGGACAAUAGUUGACGCAAAAGUGAAAAUUUAUUCUCUUGAAAGUGAUAUACUGUUGAGUAUUUAUUUGAACCAAUGAUGACAAAGAUUUUUUAUUCAACCUGUAAUGAAUAAUUUGUGGGUGAUGAGUGAAUUAAAAGAGAAAAAAGUAAUUAGCUGGUCGCUGUUGAAAGAGACCAACUACAAACGACAAUAUAAUAUUGUGAUUGAAUGUCUAUUGUUGUGUGGACUGUCAGUAGAACUGAGUUCUGUUUUAGAUUAUAUUUGAGAGCAGUACAUACAACAGUAUACCGUUCCUAAAUAGUACUCGGGACAGAUCUCUCCUGUCUGUACAAAGAUUAUUGUUAUAAAUGCUCUAUGAUUAUACAGGGUCAAGUUUUUUAAGCACUUGUUUUUUGUUGCAAUAUAGUCCAGAUAGAGAAAUUCACGUAUUUACACAAGACGUUUACAAAUAAAUAUUUUAUUUUGAAAAUCAAAAUCGUAUAUUUUUUAAUACAUUUUUACAAGGACGAUCGAUUCAUUCUGAUGGAAUUUUAAAGUUAUGCCCAUCCACUUAUAAAUUUUUAUUGUUAAUCAGCUGUUUUCAGUUGAACAUUAGAUUGCAAUGUGCAAAAUUUUGUAAAAAUAAAUUGUACAGAAAAUAAAAGAAAAUUAUAUUAAUGA